UAAAAAAGGGAGAAGAGAAGAAGAGAGGGAGAAGAGAGAAGAGAGAAGAAAGAGAGGUUGGAGAAGGCGAAAGGCAAAGAAAGGGGAUUUGAAAAGUGGUGAAAAUAAAUCAGAGAGAGGGCUUAACAUCGUUCUCUCUCUUUCGCUCUGUUUCUUCGUUGCCACUGAAACCCUACCGUUGUUUUGUUUCGCUAUGGCUUUCUUCUGCUUCCCUCACACGCAAUCAUUCCGGCGACACUGAACUUGCGCCGCCGGGAAUGGCCGAUGAGUCGCCGCCGGAUAGCACUCUCUUGAAUUUAGCUAAGCUAGGGUUUCAGUUGGACGAUCGGACUCGGAGAUCUCUCGCGUCUUAACUCUAAACUAAUUAACCGGUUUUGUUUUCUUAAGAAAAGAGGAAAACGACGUAACCGUCCGGCGAAAGCGGGAACCGUUACCGGCUGGCGGAUCCCUGAUUUUCGUUUGGAUUGCGGCGAUGGCGAGGGGAGGGCAGUGCUUGGACAAGGUUCGGAGGUUCGUUAGGACGGUUUUCUUCGUGGCGGCAUUGGUGGCGUCGCUGCUCGUGACGUCGCUGCCGGUGCUCGUGGCGGUGGUCGACGUGCUCGUCCCUUGCGUACUCGUCUCCAGCUUCACGUGCGUCAAGUGCUACGGCUUCAAGGAGCAUUUGCGUCGUUACGCUUUCAAGAGCUCCUUGACGGACAUUCCUCUCGUUUCGGUCAUAAGAUCCUUCAUCAUUAUCUGUGUUUAUUCGAUUUGUGAUGGCCCAGCUCUUUCACAUGGUCCUUACCUUGGAACUGUGACUCUGUCCUCCUUUAUCUCAAUUGUUCUUCUUUCAGUCAAAGCCUGUGUUUUCACCGUAAAUUCCCAGAUUGAAGCAGAAGCUACGGUUUCCCCUACAAGGCAGAGACUCCAUUUGAAGAAGUCAUGGGGAAUGCCUGUCUUAUUUCUCUCGUCAGUUGUGUUUGCUCUUGGCCAUAUGGUGGUUGCUUACAGAACCAGCUGCAGAGCAAGGAGGAAGCUAAUGUUUCAUCGAGCGGACCACGAAGCGGUACUUUCAUGCAAAAAUGUUUUCUCUGGCUAUCAGAAGGUCCCUCGGUCUCCUGUUCCCUCUGAGGGGAGAACACCAAAGAGCGACAGUGAAAUGAAACGGAGGCCUUUUGGAACAGCUCGUGAUGAAGAACUGCCGAUCAGAUUACUUGCAGACUCGGAGAGCUUAUUCAUCACCUGCCAAGGUCUUAUUCUCCAUUACAAGCUCAGCCUGCCUGGUUCACCUCCACUUCACAUGUCCUCAACAUUUUGCCGCACUUCAUCAAUGUCUGGGGGUUUAUCAAAGUUUAAUAGGAACUUGACGUGUGUAUCUCCAAAAAUGCAUCGGCAACUCUACAGGAGCUAUAGCAAUCAAUUCCAUGGCUCAUCUUUAUAUGCUCCUCUUUUAGAUGGUCCAUUAACCUCUCCCCAUCUCACUGAACAUAUCCCUGUUUUGCAUCUAGAUGAAAUUGUUGAAGAUGAGGAAACAUUUAAAUUAGAGUCUUUGUCUUUGGAGCAAAAUUUAGAGGACACUGGCCAAGUAGGUAUUGUUUUAAUACAUGGGUUUGGUGGAGGUGUCUUUUCUUGGCGACAUGUAAUGGGACCUCUAGCUCGGCAGAGUAAUUGCACAGUUGCUGCAUUCGAUAGGCCUGGCUGGGGAUUGACUUCAAGACUGAGUCGGGAGGAUUGGGAGAAAAAUGAUCUGCCUAAUCCUUACAAACUUGAAAGUCAGGUAGAUCUGCUUUUGUCUUUCUGUUCUGAGAUUGGAUUUUCUUCCGUUGUGCUUAUUGGUCAUGAUGAUGGAGGGCUGCUUGCUCUGAUGGCUGCACAGAGAGUUCAAACAUCAAUGAAUUCUUUCAAUGUUACAGUGAAAGGGGUUGUAUUAUUGAAUGUUAGCUUGUCAAGGGAAGUAGUUCCUUCCUUUGCUAGAAUCCUUCUUCAUACUUCACUAGGAAAGAAGCAUUUGGUUCGUCCACUACUAAGAACGGAGAUAACCCAUGUGGUGAACCGGCGAUCAUGGUAUGAUGCUACAAAUUUGACAACAGAAGUUUUGACACUCUAUAAGGCUCCACUAUAUGUAGAAGGAUGGGAUGAAGCACUUCACGAGAUUGGUAAACUGUCAUCUGAAACCAUCCUUACAUCGAAGGAUGCAGACUCAUUGCUACAAGCUGUAAAAGACAUACCAGUGUUGGUCAUAGCUGGUGCCGAAGAUUCACUCGUCUCAAUGAAAUAUUGUCAAGCAAUGGCUUCCAAAUUUGUAAAUUCUAGACUGGUUGCUAUAUCCGGAUGUGGCCAUCUACCCCAUGAGGAGUGUCCAAAGGCGUUGCUUGCGGCUAUAUCACCUUUCAUUAAUAAACACUUCUCUGUAUAUAACUAGCAAAGCCAAUAGGUCAAUCUACUAUAUUUUAGGCGCUUGUUUUCCUUCCUUCUCCUGUCCUUUUCUUGGCAUCCUCUCUUUCUUUUCUUUCCAACAAAUAUUACUUCCAAGAGAAAGAGAUCAAAAGGCAUCGUCUUUUUCUCUUGGGUGUUUUUGAUGUGCCAGCUUUAGGUGUUUUAAAUUGUAUCAUCCCUACCCAUUUUCUCUUUUAACUUUCUAUAUUUAUGAUCAUUUGAGCUGCUUGUCAUUUCCCACUAAAAGAACGCGGGAUGAUGAGCAGACAUUACAUCUGUAAAUUUGAUUUAUCUUCAGGUUCAUAAUGAAUAUAAUGUAGCGUGUUGUUUGUUAAGUU